UUUUGUCUUGAGCCGGGGUCUAUUCGAAACAGCUCUGAGUAGUGGUUAGUAUUGCGUACAUUCUAUCCUUCCUAGACCGCACUUUGUGGGAACACACUAGGUUUGUUGUUUUUGUAUUUGCAGAAAAUGUAAAUGCUUUGUGGUUUUUCAUUUUUGAGCUCUUUGAAAUUGACAAAAUCAGUAUAUUUGUAGAUUUUUAUUCAUAAAGAUUCAAUUUUUUGUCACUUUUUUAUUUGCUGAAAAUGUGAAUGCUUUGUGGUUUUUCAUUUUUGAGCUCUUUGAAAUUGAAAAAUCAGGAGAUCUGUUGGUUUUUUUUCAUAAAGACUCAAUUUUUUUGAGUCGGGGUCUAUCGGAAACAACCUCUCUAACUCACCCCUAAAGUAGUGAAAAUUUAAAUGCUUUGUGGGAUUUCAAGAAUGAGGAUCCAAUGUUGUAUUGAUGGGAAAUUGUUCAGUUCUUUGCCCCCUUUAACUAAUAUUUCACUCCCAUCUCCAAAGGAGAUACAUCUUUGGUAUGUGAUACCCAAUGAGGUUAAGGGUGAAUCCCUUAUGAACAAAUAUAUGGAGAUUCUAUCCCCAUGUGAGAUUGAAAAAGUUUUGAGUUUUCAAAGAGAUGAGCUGAGGAAAAGUGCUCUGCUUGCUCGUGCACUCGUCAGAACCACCAUUGCUAGAUAUCAGAUAAAUUCUUCAGUGAAACCCAAAACCAUCAAGUUUAGGAAUAACAUUCAUGGGAAACCGGAGGUUGAUUGGCUGUGCAGUUACAAUUGGGAGCCCCCUUCUUUGCAUUUCAACAUCUCACACACGUCAUCUCUGAUAGCCUGUGGUGUGACAGUAAAUUCACCGAUUGGUGUGGACGUGGAGGAAAAGGAAAGAACAACAAAGCACAGCAUAUUGACUUUAGCUAGAAGAUACUUCUCCAAAUAUGAACUUGAAGUGUUGACUGCAAUUGAAGAUCCCUAUAUCCAGCAACAGGAGUUCGUAAAGUUAUGGACACUGAAGGAGGCAUAUGUCAAAGCACUUGGGAAGGGCUUCUCAGGUGCACCUUUCAAGACAUUUACCAUUCGUCGUGGAAGCGCUGUUGGAGAACAGUUUUAUCUGUCUCAGAAUUCAAGUGCUGAGGCAUGUGACAUAAUAGUGGAUUACCUUGACAACACAGAGAACCUUACAAGUAAUUGGCAGUUUAUGCUCUUGGAGUUGGCUAGUUCUCAUUAUAUUGCCAUUUGCAGAGAAAAUGAUGUCAAAACAAAAGGUGAUUGGAAUAAUCCUAUGAAAUUAACAGCUUGGAAGACGAUUCCAUUAGUUGAAGAUAGAUGUGUUUCUGAAACAGACGAAGUCCUUACAGUUUGUGGCUUGCGAUAGUAAAGAUGGUGAUUGACAUCGCUGAUGAUACUUAGGGCCCGUUUGGACAUUGCAAUAUGGAAUAAUGAUUAGAAGUUGAAGUUUUCUUUGGACAUACAAUUUGACAAUGUAUCAUUAGCAUCCUUGGAUUCAGAGUAGCAAUUCGGCAACUUUUAUGAAGAGAGGUCUUCAUGAACAUGUACAUUUCUGCUAGUACUGUUUCUGGCUUGCAUUGGUUAUUUUCAACAGAUUAAUCAAAACCAUGUGUUACACUGGGUAAUUUUAUUGGAUCCAUCAAUUUUAUGUUGGAAAAACAGAUUGUACAAGUACAUGAAUUCUUAUUAUUCUCCAUUCUUGCAUAUAAGAUGGCCAGUUUCUUCC